AUGAGUGUGCUUGAUAUAGAUGAAACCUCUUAUAUCCCACUGUCUCUCUCUCACUCUCUCUGUCUAUCUAUCUAUUUUCUGCUCUCUCACUGUUUUGUUUUUACUUUUACCUUAUUUGAAUUCAUCUCUUUCUUUUUAUUGCUUCUUUUAUUCUUUUUUCUCUUUUCGACUGUAAUAAUUACUGCACCAUUCAUAUUCUCCCUCCCUCACUCACUCACUCACUCACUCACUCUAUCUAUCUAUCUAUCUAUCUAUCUAUCUAUCUAUCUAUCUAUCUAUCUAUCUAUCUAUCUAUCCACAGCAUUAUUUGUUGUACACUGCAUUACAAGCAUAAUACAAAAUAUAGAAAGAUUCUUUGUUUUUUUUUCUUUCUACUUUUUCUUUACCGCUUCAAACUCUUCACUUCUCAAAUUUGACUCCAUCUUUUUUAUAUUUCUCCUUUUCUCUCGCAGUUUUUUUCUCGCCAUUUUCUUUCUCUCUCUCCCCUCUACCACCUCUCUCUCUCUCUCACGCGUUUUCUUCUCUAGUAGUACAUUUUGA